AUGCAUCCAUCACGAGCGAAACUGAGCGAUGUCCGCUCCAAUUCUCAUGAUACCUUGCAUGGGGGGAUGCCUUCCCCGCGGGUCGCACAUUUUGAUGGCGAGAUUCCACCAGCGCUCUCUCCCCUCGACGCCUUUGCCGCUCAAGGUCGAUUUCUGGCCCGACAACUGGAUGAAUCUCGACUCGGUGAACGGCGCAUGAGUCGCCUUCCCCCUUCUAGUGUCGCUCGGUCGCUGUCUCGACCCCGACCUGGCUACCGCCGUUCCCCAAACAGCGACCCCAACACCGAUGGACUGACACGGCGACCGACACAGAAAGGUCUUCCAGAACUGGAAGAGCCCAAAUAUCGUCCGAUUUCCGAACACCCCCGAUUUAGCUCAGUUUCGCAUACCAGCAGCAAUGCCGCCAGUGUUUAUGAUGAUGAAACCACCCCCCGGACAACGAUGAUACAGGAGGAGCCUAGUCACUAUGGAAUUCCUAGAGCAGAGUCUCCUGAGACAGAUUCGAUUUACACCGAUGAUACACAGGAUGGAUUUGUAGGCCGUGCGUUGACAGAUCCAUCUCGUCAGUCCUCCACGGAUUCGACAACUCGACUACAUAUUCCACGAACACUGGCUCCGCCAGUCUCGCCGCAUUCGCGACCAUCGAGUAGUGCACGGGUGAAUCAUUUAGAGAGCUCUGAUGAUGAUUAUAGUAGCUCCAAUGCAGGUUCGACAUUCUCAAAGCCAAGAAAGCUGUCAUCGGGGAGUGCUGUAUCACUUCCGUACUCACCUAUGUCGACCUUUCCAGCUCGAGUCCAUCCGCGCUCACCCUCCAUGAGCUCUGAAACGUCGACGGGCACCGGAUACCUGGCACGGCCUUCUUUUAACUUCUCGCGCCCUCUGAGUCGGUCCAGUACCAGUCUCUCGGCACCAGGAGCUUCAGAGCCAGUCCCAUCUAGUCUAUCGCAGACCAACCUAUCGCACCAAUCGAACCACAUGCACCGUUCCAGCAAACCAACCCCGAUCCUUUUACCACUGGCCACAGGAGAGGUAGCGGCGACGCAGCCACAGGACGGCGAGCCUUCUUCAGCAGUGUCAUCAUUUGUGUAUGCCAAAUAUGACCUACCGCGAGGUCGUGAACUUGCCCGGGACUCAGUGGUUUUUGCAGGCCUUCAGACUCCUCAUUUUGAGUGGGCCGAGCCAUUGUUCGAGAACUCACCACCGCGAAAAUCGGAAGAGAUUCCUCGUUCAGCUCGCACUCCACCCCCAACUAGUAACUUCCACAACAUGAAUAACUCUCCCAAGCCACAUUCGAUACAUGAAGUCCCUUCAUCAGAGAGAGAGUUGCCACCGUCAACUCCCGAGCCAAAGAAGGCAACACCCGCUCCUGUAUCAUCUCCCAAGCCACCACCUGCGCAGACACUCACUACACCCGAGAAACCUCCGCGAAAGUCUACUGAAUCAAGCCGUAAAGCGAAUGAACAUGCUGAAACCGCUUCGUCCGCCGGUUCCGCCAGUACACUCCGUCCGCAGACUGCCAAGACGCAGACCUCGUCAACGGCCGUUUCGGCUGAUGAUCACAUCGCCAAGGGUAUUGAAUUGCACGAGAAUGGAUCGUUGCAAGAGUCAACCUAUCACCUACGGAUUGCCGCGAAGCAGAACCAUCCCACUGGAAUGCUGCUAUAUGCGCUAGCGUGCCGUCAUGGCUGGGGUAUGCGUCCUAAUCAGCAAGAGGGAGUGCGUUGGCUACGCAAAGCUGUGGAUUCUGUAGGAUUGGAAAUGCUGGAGAACCCCGAUGCUCCCGGUGCGUCUAAAGCAAAAGAAUUGCAGAAGGCCUACCGUGCCCAAUUUGCGCUUAGCGUCUACGAAUUGGGUGUCAGCCACUUGAAUGGUUGGGGUAUCGAGCAGGAUAAGGCUUUGGCCUUGCGUUGCUUCGAGAUCGCCGGACAAUGGGGCGAUGUCGAUGCUAUGGCUGAAGCAGGUUUCUGUUACGCAGAGGGUGUUGGAUGUAAGAAGGAUAUGAAGAAAGCCGCGCGGUUCUACCGCGAAGCUGAAACCAACGGUAUGAGCAUGGUUGGCAACAGCUGGAUCUACAAAGAAAAAUACAUGGCUGGAGAAGCCGCCAAAGCCAAAGAAAAAGAAGGUCGCUCUCGCGGAAGAACCGUCAGCAGCGACAAGAAAAACACGCGCAAUAAAUCGCGCACACGCAGCAUCUUCCAGCGGAAGAAGUCUGUUCCUGAGUCGUAG